UGAAGGAUUGGUGAGAGGCUAAUGUGGUGCUCCCGUGCUCGUCGUGGUGUGGAUGAAAGUUAAAUUUAAAAAUACAGCUUUUUAAAUACAGUUCAGACACCAAGGACAUGGCAUCACGGAGCUACAGUGCCAGUGUCCUCUGCCAGAGAGCGGGAGUCCUGAAGAUGAUGUGCAGGGGAAUGAGCACUGCUGCCCAACCACAGUCUCAGGUAGAUUUCCUAAAAGGAGAACCGCACAGGAAGCACCCAGGUGUGACCAACCUGAAAACUCUGCACCUACCUGAGGAACUCCAGACGGCUGCACGGUCCAUUAUUCACAGUGCUCAGGUGCUUCGGCUGACUGAACGCACUCGCAAGCUCACAAACUUACUGUGGAGCAGAAAACGAGCAGUUGAGGAUGUGACUCUGCGAAAGAAAGCUGUGAGCCUGGAGAAAGAGCUUUGGGAGAAAGCGAUGGAGAAGAGAGGAGAUAUAGAUGAGGAAGCGCUGGAAGACCGAAUCAGGAGGAAAGUGUUUUCAGAGCUCAGAAGAACAACGUAUCACUGGACCCCCAUGAAGUAUGAUGAAGAGUCAGGCGUGGUGUACAUGGCGGCUCGGCUGGCCGGAGGCUACGCGGCUGUGAGGAGAGCUCUGAAUGAGAUAAAGAAGAGGGAUCUCUCUUUUGCCCCUCAGUCCCUCCUGGAUUUCGGUUCGGGGCUGGGGACAGUUGUCUGGGCGUCACACUCGUGCUGGGCCGGCUCUUUGAAGGAGAUGGUGUGUGUGGACAGCUCUGGGCCAAUGAACAUUCUGGCAGAACGACUUCUCAAAGGUGAUGAUGAAAGAGCUCAACCUCUCAUCAAACACGUCUAUUUCAGACAGUUCCUCCCUGUCUCUCCUAAGGUGCAGUUUGAUUUGGUGGUCGCGGCUUUUACCCUGUCAGAGCUUCCCAAUGCGAAGGAGCGAGAAGAGGCAGUGUUCACUCUGUGGAGAAAGACGAGCUCGUAUCUGGUGCUGGUGGAAAAUGGGACCAAAGAUGGCCAUCAGAUUCUAAUGGAAGCCAGAGACACUUUAUUAAAGAAACAAGAGAAGACGGUCCAUGACUCCAGACCAGCCUCAGUGUUUGCUCCAUGUCCUCAUGAACUGAUGUGUCCUAAACUGGCCGGAAAGCUGACCGUCCCCUGCAACUUCCAGCAGCUGUACCAACCUCUGCCUCUGCCCGGGCACAAUGACCGUCAGAUAGAGAAGUUCAGUUACCUGAUUCUGAGUCGCAGUGGACCAGCGGAGGCAGAAACAGAGGGUGUGGACUGGGCCCGGCUGAUCGCACCGGUGCUGCGCAGAACGAGACACGUCCACUGUCAGAUGUGCUGCACCGACGGACAACUACAACACACGGUGGUGACGGCUCGAAAACACAGCAGAGAUAUGUACCGGUGUGCCCGCAGCAGUGACUGGGGAGAUCGGCUGCCAGUCACUCAGAAUUUCCAGGAAGACGUCCAGAGUGAUUCAGAGUGAUGAUUCAGGGAGGAAGUGAUUUUUUUUUUUUUUUUACACUUCUGAGAUAAUGGAAUACACCGUAAAACUGAGAUAAGACUGACCUCCAAGGAAUCAUCAGCUGAUACAAAACAACUGCACCUCCUUACGGGAACUGGUAAAAUACUGACUCACUGAACAGCUAUUGUGUGGUAAUCAAGAUUAUUUCAAUAAAAAGUCACAGUUUU